CUCAUCUUUUUUUUCCAACUCUUAUAAAGAGUUGCUUCUCUCUCCCCAAGUAUUUGUUUCAGAACCGCAAAACCUCUUCUUCAAAAUCCGAAAUCUUUGUUUCAAAUCUCAAUUCUUGAGAGAUUUUCUUAUAACAAAUACUACAAAAAUCUUUUGAGUUUGAAAAAAUAAUAUUUCAUCAUUAGAUUUACCCUGGUUUAUAGGGAAUAUCCGAUCUUUCUUCUUAUCUAUUUGGUUUAUUUUCUUCUUAGUUCUUUUUGUAGAUAAGAUCAAUGAAACUCAUUCUCUCUUUUCACCUCUAUUCUCGGGACAUAAUUAUCCACGAGUCACAAAAGAGAGUAUAAUCUUUGUUUACCACACGGGUUUAAAAACCUAAUCUGAUAUCAGUCCCCUACUUCACUUCUUGCAUAUUUUUAGAUCUAUUUCUCUCUUUUUUCUUCUCUUUCUCUCUUUCAUGGAGUUUGUUACAGAAACGUUAGGCAAGAGAAUCCAUGAUCCGUACGUGGAGGAAACUAGGUGCUUAAUGAUUCCCGGACCAAUCAUUGUCGGUUCCGGGCCGUCGGGACUGGCCACAGCGGCAUGUUUAAAGUCGAGAGACAUCCCUAGUUUGAUUCUAGAACGUUCCACUUGCAUAGCGUCACUAUGGCAGCACAAAACAUAUGAUCGUCUUCGACUUCAUCUCCCUAAAGAUUUCUGUGAGCUUCCAUUGAUGCCUUUUCCUUCAAGCUACCCUACUUACCCUACAAAGCAACAGUUCGUCCAAUACCUUGAGUCUUACGCCGAACAUUUUGACCUAAAGCCCGUUUUUAACCAGACCGUGGAGGAAGCCAAGUUCGAUAGGCGGUGUGGGUUAUGGAGGGUGAGGACAACCGGAGGGAAGAAGGAUGAGACAAUGGAGUAUGUAUCACGGUGGCUUGUUGUGGCGACCGGGGAGAAUGCCGAGGAGGUGAUGCCGGAGAUUGAUGGAAUCCCGGAUUUUGGUGGACCUAUCCUCCACACAAGCUCCUAUAAGAGCGGUGAAAUAUUUAGUGAGAAGAAGAUUUUGGUUGUAGGAUGUGGAAACUCCGGGAUGGAAGUUUGUUUAGACCUUUGCAACUUCAAUGCUCUUCCUUCUCUUGUGGUUCGUGACUCGGUACACGUAUUACCUCAAGAAAUGCUAGGUAUAUCGACUUUCGGGAUAUCCACGAGCCUGCUCAAGUGGUUUCCAGUGCACGUGGUGGACCGGUUCUUGUUACGUAUGUCUCGGUUGGUUCUUGGUGACACGGAUCGGUUAGGGUUAGUUCGACCAAAACUUGGCCCUCUUGAACGCAAGAUCAAAUGCGGAAAGACUCCUGUUUUGGACGUUGGCACUCUUGCCAAAAUCCGAAGUGGACACAUCAAGGUUCAUUAAUUAUAAUUAAGUAUUUUUAAUACAAUCUUGAUUACAAAACCGUGAGCUUAUGGUAUAUUGAUUUGUUUUUUUUUGUUUUUUCUUGACUUUUAGGUGUAUCCGGAGUUGAAACGGGUAAUGCAUUAUUCGGCAGAGUUUGUUGAUGGGAGAGUAGAUAACUUCGACGCCAUUAUACUCGCCACGGGUUACAAAAGCAACGUACCCAUGUGGCUAAAGGGAGUGAACAUGUUUUCUGAGAAAGAUGGAUUUCCGCAUAAACCAUUUCCUAACGGUUGGAAAGGCGAAAGCGGAUUGUAUGCAGUCGGUUUCACAAAGCUUGGAUUGCUUGGUGCAGCCAUUGAUGCCAAGAAGAUCGCUGAGGAUAUUGAGGUUCAACGACAUUUCUUACCAUUGGCUCGUCCUCAACAUUGUUAAUUAACCUGAGAUUCGGGUUUCGAUUUGGCAAGUUUGGAUUGGGUUAUCUAAGAAGUAGAAAGGUAGUAGUGGAUGCAUUUAUGUAAGGUUCCUAACUCUUUAAUUGUGACAUAUGAGAGUUAGAAAGCAGGGUUAGAUCAAUGUUAGGUCAAAGAUUUUUGUAUUUUUGGGAAGGAAAUAUUAGAUCAUGGUCCACAUUUGUAUAUAUUUAUUUGGUUUUGUGUACGUUUUCCUUUCUUUCUUUUUGUAAAUGGGAAAAAUAUUUAAAUAUGAUAAUUGAAGUUGAAGUAAUGAAAGCCUUAAUUCAACUGCUUCUUUUUGCUUAAUUAGUUGAAUGGAGGAGAGAGGAGGAG